AUGGUUUUUAAGUUUGACUUUGGCCCAAUCAACACAAAUACCCUUCCCACAUCAAAACCAGCUCUGACCACAACUGUCUUGCCUCCGGCCUCCCCAGGCUUGUUGGACUGGAGCCGUCUGCAGCCUCGGGGAAGGGAACAGCCCUUCCUGCUCCGGUCCGCGUACUCCAGGAGCGCAGCGAGGCGCGCCCCACCCCGGCGGAGGGGACGGUUUUCAGCUGGAGGUGGAGGAGGGACAGCUAGGAUUCAGCGCCACCCUGGGGUGUGGGGAGCUACGGAUGGGAAAUCCGUAGAUCAGACUCUACGGGGUCCGAGGGGUUCCCGGGCGUCUCCGCCGUGCCCUGUCCCGCGGCGGCCCGCGGUCCCCCUGGCUCCUCCCAGCCGCAGAGCCCAGCCUCCCUCUGGCCGGGUCUCCUCCCUAAGGUGCGGGUGGCAGCGCCACUCCCUCCGCUCUCCCCAGCCGCGCGCGUCUCAUUCCAGCGCCCAUUCCGCGCAUUCCUGCGGGGCUCCUCUGCAAACUCCGGCCCCGGGGGUGGGGACCGCCUCAGCUACGCGCUCGGACCCCGCAGCCGCCGCGGCUGGAAGUCUUGGCGCCCCGCGUGGACCUGCUGCAGCCGGCCGAGCGCUCCCACCCCGCCUCCCGAACCCUGGGACCGGUCUGACGGGCGCUCCUCCAAGCCGAGCCUUGGAGGGCAAGGCCGGCACCAUUACCUCCAACGAGUGGAGCUCUCCCGACUCCCCCGAGGGGAGCAGCAUCUCUGGGGGCAGCCAGGCACUGGACAAGCCCAUCGACAAUGACGCAGAGGGCGUGUGGAGCCCCGACAUUGAGCAAAGCUUCCAGGAGGCACUGGCCAUCUACCCACCCUGCGGCCGCCGCAAAAUCAUCCUGUCGGACGAAGGCAAGAUGUACGGUCGGAAUGAGCUGAUUGCACGCUACAUCAAGCUCCGGACAGGGAAGACGCGCACAAGGAAGCAGGUCUCCAGCCACAUCCAGGUGCUUGCCCGUCGAAAAGCCCGGGAGAUCCAGGCCAAACUCAAGGACCAGGCAGCUAAGAACAAGGCCCUGCAGAGCAUGGCUGCUAUGUCGUCCGCCCAGAUCGUCUCGGCCACAGCCUUCCACAGUAAAAUGGCUCUUGCCCGGGGCCCUGGCUACCCAGCAAUCUCGGGGUUUUGGCAAGGAGCUUUGCCAGGCCAACCGGGAACAUCCCAUGAUGUGAAACCUUUCUCUCAAAACGCCUACACUGUCCAGCCUCCGCUGCCUUUGCCAGGGUUCGAGUCUCCUGCAGGGCCCACCCCGUCGCCCUCUGCACCGCCGGCCCCUCCGUGGCAAGGCCGCAGCAUAGCGAGCUCCAAGCUCUGGAUGUUGGAGUUCUCCGCUUUCCUGGAGCGCCAGCAAGACCCCGACACAUACAACAAGCACCUGUUCGUGCACAUCAGCCAGUCAAACCCAAGCUACAGUGACCCCUACCUCGAAACCGUGGACAUCCGCCAGAUCUAUGACAAGUUCCCGGAGAAGAAGGGAGGGCUCAAGGAGCUCUUUGACCGGGGGCCCUCGGAUGCCUUCUUCCUUGUGAAGUUCUGGGCAGACCUCAAUACCAGCAUCGAGGACGAGGGCAGUGCCUUCUAUGGGGUCUCCAGCCAGUACGAGAGCCCAGAGAACAUGAUUAUUACCUGCUCUACUAAGGUCUGCUCAUUUGGCAAGCAAGUGGUGGAGAAAGUUGAGACGGAGUAUGCGCGCUAUGAGAAUGGCCACUAUUUGUACCGCAUCCACCGGUCCCCUCUCUGUGAGUACAUGAUCAACUUUAUCCACAAGCUGAAGCACUUGCCUGAGAAGUACAUGAUGAACAGCGUGCUGGAGAACUUCACCAUCCUGCAGGUGGUCACCAAUCGAGACACACAGGAGACCUUGCUGUGUAUCGCAUUUGUCUUCGAAGUUUCGGCCAGCGAACACGGGGCUCAGCACCACAUCUACCGGCUUGUGAAAGAAUGAGAGACUCGGAGAGCGAUGGUGGGGGGACACGUCCAGGAAAUGGGGACCUGGGAGGGAACCUUCAGGGACAGCCCCUGGGAGUGCCACGAGAGCCAAGCAGAGUUGCCCCGUUCUCCUCUUGCCAGGAGCAAACUGCCUGAUCUUGCAGCGCUCAACCCCCAAUAAACCCAAGGUGUCAAGCAUUUUCAGAGGAGCUGGUUUGGCCUGUGUGAGCCCAGAAGGGCAGGGGAGAAGGGGGCACCAGGAGGCAAGCUGGAAGCAAUGUCCAGAGGCGCUCCAGGAUGGACGAGGAACCAGAACCCCGGUGGACUCAGCCAGGCAUAUCACCGAGACACCAAAGCUCAAGACCCCGCGGUCCCCUCUCAGCUGCCGGAACCCCGCACUCUUGCUGCUGGUCACACUGGUGGCCUUGAGGACAGAUGGCAGGUGGUGGGUCACACGCCCAGAGAUGCUGUGCAUGACUCUGUGUACACUGUCUGUCCUGCCUUGGAUGCCUGAGAAUGGCUACGGCAGAAGGCCCCGCCCUUGCCAACGGGGCUGGAUUUAGGUGUGGCUGCAGGGUCGUUGUUGGAGGGAGACUGAGUGAGAGCUACUCUGGUGGCUUUGUUCCUUCUGCAGGGGGCAGGGGCUCCAGACUGAAGCAAGGCUUGGAGGUAGGGCCUCCUGCUUCAGGGCCAGCAUUUCCAGCUGCCUGACCUCCACGGGCUCGUCAGCUUCUCUUUCAGUCCCUUCCUUCUCUGCUCGGCGCUGACCAGGGGAGGAUGUCUGUACAGUACCGGGGUCUUGCAGUGCCAGUCAAAUAAUCCAAUCCUCAGCCCCUUGCUUCUCUCCCUCUGGAAGGUCUGGAUCUGUCUCGCUGCAGCCCUCUCAAGGCUUUCUGGUGUCUGCUUCCCCAGUUGGAGCCAAUUCUAGUAGUCUGGAGCCUCAGGAAGAAAGAUACAACCUGGGCAUGUUUGUGUGUGCCCAGGACUCAGGGAUGCGUCUGUGAGGAUGCAGAAAUGGGCAGGGCAGCAUUGUGGAGAUGCUACAGAGGUGAGUGAGGGACAAGGGCUCUAGAGUCAGUCUAGCCUGACUUUGGUGUGCAACCUUUUAAAAAAACAAAAUAUGUUGUGGUGCCUCAGUUUCCCCAUCUGUAAAAUGGGUAUAACAUUCACCUACCUCGUGUAUGGACAGUGCCUCACACAGUGCUGAGCACAUCCACAUGUUCAAUAAAUAUGCAUCGGUACUAACUGUGGGAACUUCAGCUCCAGCUAAGGGCCCUGGCUGGAGAGCUAUGUGCACUAGGGUGGGGUGGGGUGGUCCCUACAGCAACUGCCUAUCACAGAGAGGAGGAAUCCGAGGGUCUCAGGGAAGAGGUAGUCCUUGAAGGAACAGGUUGUGAGAGAAAGGUGGCUAAUAUUUAUUGAUGUUAUUUCUGUGGUUUUUGGUGUUGGGGCUGGCCAGGGUUUGACACUGGCUAAGUGACCAUGCCAGAAGUAUGCAUAUAAGCAUAUGGAGAAAGGUUGGCUAUGUCUCAGAUGAGGAAGACGCACGAGCCACCCAGUCUUUCUGUAGCCCCAGAUUCCCUCUCCUUAACUCAGAGCAAUUUAACCCUUCUCCCCACCGUGUUAGGAUGGUGGCUAGACCCAGGCCUCCUCCCUUCCUAUUGCACGGGUAAAGGUCCUGCUAUUAGACAGGGCCAGGGUCCCAGAAAGACUACUGUGUCCCUGGCCUUGUGACCAGGAUUCACCAGUCCAUAAUGCAGGCCUAUGUUUGCAGCCCUCCCACCCCCCAAUCCUAGUCCUGGCUCCCCCCUCACUUACGCUGCCUGGGAGCAGCAUUCCUGGAAGCCCCAGCCUCAGACAUUUCAGACUUCUAUGCAGUCAGCCUUUUGGAACAUGAAGGGCACAACCUUUUCCUAUUGGAGGCAGGUCAGUCCAGAUGUUGGGCCCCAGUGUGGGUCAUACGUUGUUCCUGUGUUAAAUGACCUCAGUGGACUAAUGGAAAGUCACUGUAGAAGACUGUCUGACUGCUCUCAACGUGGCGGCACUUGACUUAAGGGCACCUCCCUCACCCCACCAAGCUGGUACAGUGCUGAAACCAUUUAUCUUUUUUAAGAUGAGGUCUUCCUUUCUUGCCUGGGCUAUGGUGUCUCCAGUGAUCCUCCUGCCUCGGCACCCGAGGAGGAACUGGGACUUCCUACGGGUUGCUCCCCACUGUGCUCUGCUCAGAAAGCAAGGCCGGUUGCUUAGGUUGUUCCUGUUAUUUUUCAUUUGCUUUGUGAGGUUGUUUGACUUUUGAGGUGUGGCGGACUCUGGGAAUGUGUCCCUGAGCAGAAGAGACAGGGCAGCUAGGAGCUUACUUUGGAUU